AUGAACACAAUUUCAUCGACAUCAAUUUUAGUUGAUCAAUCCAUUGAAAACGCGAACCAAUCUCGGAUAGAAAAACUUGUUCAAUUGCUUCUUUCAUUUAAUGUUGAUCGAAAGCGAAUUGAUGAAAGCAACCAUCAGCAUGCGAAACUUGUCCUACGAAUCUUUGCUAUCUAUAUGAUUUUUGUUAGUAAUGUGUUAAUCGUUGCGGUACUAAUGCAAUCAGCGGAAAGUUUUCUUAUUACAAAUACUUUUGAAUGUCAUCUAAUCCAAAAACGAUUCGCAGUGAAGACGUUAUUGACCGAACGAAACGUUCAACAUAAUGUAUACAUGAUUAAUUUUAAUCAGAUUGCGACAAUUCAAGAUAUUUGGCAAUUUAUGAAUGAAACACUUGCCGAAGUUUUCUUACGUGUACAACAGCAACCUUCACGACCGAAUUCGACUUUGAUCCACUGGGUAUUAGAUCACUUCUUGUUGAUCGGAGUCGUUCGGAUGAGACAAGUUCGUGUCAAACCUGAAAAAUGUCACAUACCGAAAUUAUAUUCGGAUGAAAUCGCCGAUUGCUAUCCAGCCUAUUCAUCCGACAAGAAAGACACCGAUCCGUUUGGUCCAAUCACGCUUAGCGAUAGUACAGAUAUCAAUCUAAAGCAACCAUGGCGUUUUAUGUCCAAAGACAAGACAGGAAUGGGCUCGCAUACAGGUCAACACGGUAAAUAUGAUGGAAGUGGAUACAUAGCCGAUCUUGCUCAGUAUGAUCGAACAUAUCGACGUUUCACGAGAGAUAUCAAUGAGUUGGAAAGAUUUCAUUGGCUUGACAAAGCUACUCGAGCUUUAUUUAUUGAUAUAAUUACAUACAAUCCAAGUGUGAAUCUCUUUUCGUACAUUAAACUUGUUUUUGAAAUGCCGUUGACUGGUGGUAUUUUUCCUUCCCACAAAGUCGAGAAUUUUCAAUUGUUUCGGUACGUUGGUUCAAAGAAAUACGUUCUGAUCAUCUGCGAGGCUACUAUCGUUCUAUUUACCAUUAUCUUUCUUCUCGUCGAAAUUCUAACAAUGAUCAAGUUAAAAUUCAAGAUUUUUCUCAGUUUCUGGAAUUGGAUUGAUAUGAUUCUUCUAAUCAUUUCGAUUCUCUUGAUUAUUGUCAACAUCUAUCGUCUGAUUCUCAUCAACUCGACUUUGACCAAUCAAUUGUCAAUUUAUCUCGUAACAUUCGACACAGCAAUCGUUAAAUUACUUCGUCUUCACAAUCUAUUCGAUACUUUGAGUAUCCUACUCGCAUCGAUCAGUAUCAUUCGAAUAUUGAAAUAUUGUGAUUUUGCUGUGAUGUUGAUACGAAUCAAAGCAACGAUUCAACGAUGUCUCGGCGAUCUGAUCGGAUUUCUUGUGAUGUUUGUAGCAAUAAUGAUUGCCUAUGCCCAAUUUGGGAAUUUAGUUCUUGGUCAACAGGCACCUGCAUUUUCUACUGUGGGAAAAGCAUUUGUUGCUCUAUUUCGCACGGUAUUGGGUGAUUUUAAUUUUGAGGAUAUUCGUGAUGCUGCACCAAUCGUUGGUCCAUUAUUUUUCUUCUUUUAUAUAUUCUCCAUGGUAUUCAUGCUAUUCAACAUGGUUCUGGCUAUCAUUGUCGAUUCAUAUGAAGAACUAGGCAGCGAACGUCGUGAUAUCAUCAAUCAAAUGCUAGUUGAUGUCACACCCUUCAUGAAACAUUCGAUUCAAAGAUUUUUCGAGCGACUUGGUGUUUGGACGAAAGUUCGAGUUCUCGUUCAUUCGAUAAUUCGUGCAGAGGAUAUUUCCAAUACGAAAACUAUCGGAGAUCUUUUACAAGAAUUCAAGUAUUCGGCCACUUCGUCUACGCUCUAUGAAGAACUUCAUCAAGCCUUCGUGCAUGAUAUGACAAAGACAAUAUCAAAGAAAGAUUUCGAUGCUUUUUUGAAAUACGCUCAUCGAGAUAAAGAUCGUCAACGUGACACCUUACAAAGUUUAUUCACGGGAAAGAAGUCAUUGAUUAAUUUCAAUGAAGAACAAGACUGGAAUACACAUGCAAGUAAUCUCUGUACAAUACAGCAGUGGGCACAAUUACGAUAUCGGAUUGCACGUUUGGAAGAAUUGUUCAAUUCUAUGGAUGGAAAAUGGAAAUAUUCGAUGAGAACAUCGAAGAAUUUGCUUCGAACGAGAAAUCUUUCACGCGAAAUUUCCGAGGAGAAGCAAAACACGUGA